GGUGGCGACACAGCGGUCAACCUGCGCGCUCCGGGCACCCACCCAUCACCAAUCUUCGACGACAAAAUGGCGUGCGCAGUGGCCUCCCCGCUGCUGGAGCAAAGCAGGGACUUCCCGACAUGGCUGGAGACGCAGGGCGUGAACGCGGAAGUGGCCCGGGCCAUGGACUCGGAGCUGGGCAUCCGGGACUACGGGGUCCUGUGUGCCUGCGUCGGAGACGGCCUCGUGCGGGCCGAGCUACUGGCCACGGCGCGCGACCGCCUGCCCUUUGGCUUCUACGCCGUGCUGCGGCAGGUGGUGAAGGCCCUGCAGGAUGCCGAGCCCCACGACGCUGGGACGCCGUGCUGGGACGACGCCGCCGCUUCCUCCCCUGGCGAUGUGAUGCUGGGAGGCCUGGUGGACGUGCUGCUCGCGCUGUUCAGCGGCUUGAGUCGGGAGCUGCUGUUGUCUGUACGGAGGAUGGGAAACAUUGAUAACAAGAGAACGUGUCCUGCUGGCUCGCCUUCAGCCACUUGGGUUGGCCAUCCUGAGAACAUUGCGAUGAAUGAAAUUAAUGAUUACACAACAAACGACGAGGAUGGAGAAAACUUAAUUUCAGACAUGGGAGGCGCGGACGCUGCGGACGCUGUGGAGGCAUCGUCUUCAAUAAAAUUGGAGGCCCUUGAAGGUGCUUGUGGCAUUGAAGAGGAUUCAGGGUUCAUCAUACAAGAUGUGGUUUCUUCAAACGGUGACAACGUUGGUUCAUGUUCACAGCUGCAGCAUCAGAAUCCGCAUCAGAGGACUGGAGUUAUUGGUGACCAGACUGAGACCACCAACUCGCGAUACUUGGGAACCCGAUUUUAAUCAUGAGUGGAUACAACCUGGAUUUGAACCCAUGCCGUGCAGCCAGCUCAACUACCCAGCCGCCUCGCAUAAUUAUCAUUUAAAAACUCACUUGGGGCACCCACAUUGAAUUAUAGGUGUUAAUGAUGAAAUGUGUUCCUGUAUAAAGUUUGCAUGGUGAUGUGUAACGUAUACUAACUAUGCAGUUGUGUUUAAAUAAAAGCAUUACUCCCAA